AUGAAGACCUUGUUUCUCCUUACCCUUGCGGCAUUUACCCCGGUGUUUGCGGGAUUCGACACCUGGGCACCCCCUGGACCAUAUGAUGUGCGAGCCCCGUGCCCCAUGCUCAACACUCUUGCGAAUCACGGCUUUCUCCCCCACGACGGCCACGAGAUCACCAGGGAACAGACCGAAAACGCGCUGUUCGAUGCCCUUCAUAUUGACAAGAUGCUGGGUAGCUCCCUCUUUGACUUCGCCAUGACCACAAACCCAGUCGCCAACUCGACGACAUUCUCCCUGAACGACCUCGGCAACCAUAACGUGCUUGAGCACGACGCAAGCCUAAGCCGGUCGGAUGCUUACUUCGGCAACACGCUCACGUUCAACCAAACCGUUUUCGACGAGACCAAGUCAUACUGGACAGACGAGACCGUCACCAUCGAGAUGGCCUCGAAUGCCAGGCUGGCCCGCAUCAAGACCUCGAAUGCGACGAACCCGACGUAUUCCAUGUCGGAGCUGGGCAAUGGCUUUACCAAGGGAGAAUCGGCCGCCUACGUCGUUAUAUUUGGCGACAAGAUCUCUGGCACAGUUCCGAGGGCUUGGGUUGAGUGGUUGUUCGAAAUAGCCCUCAAAACACAACCUUCCACCCCCUCAAUCAAGCCCACCCAAACUCCAAGCUCACCGACACGGCUCCUCCUGAAACGUCUCGGCCGACAACUCAUGCUCAUAGUACCUCGCCCAAUCCGCCUUCGUGUGCUCAGGAAUACUCCACCCCUCCGCCUCAUCACGAAAAAUAAGCCGCGUGAGAUGGCGCCGAACCUGCUCAUUCUCGCCGUCCACAAACGGGCUACGAGCAUGCAGAAACGCUAG